GUGCAGACCUCGGGUUAACCCGCAAACAAAGUGUUCCCCGUGGGCUAUCUUCUCGGACUAUCAUCAUGACCCAUAAACCAUCGAAGGGCCCUCGCCUGGGCGUUCGGCAUCUGCAGUCGUUUCUGCUCUUCCUAGGCCUCACUGUAAUGCACAUCGCCCGUCUGAACGUGAGUGUGGCCAUUGUGGCCAUGACCAAUGCGGCCACCACGAAUCCCAAUUUUCCGGAAUUCGAAUGGACGGAGAAACAAAAGUCGUACAUUCUCUCCAGCUUCUACUGGGGCUACAUCCUGACCCUUUGUCCCGGCAGUUUCCUGUGUCGCCGCUAUGGCGCCAAGGUGGUCCUCUUUGUGGCCAGCUGUGGCACCGCCGUCUUCAGCCUGAUGACCCCUUGGUGCCUUACCUGGGGUGGCUGGCAGGUCUUCUGCGCCAUCCGCAUCCUGCAGGGUCUGUUUCAGGGCGUAAUCUUCCCCUGCGUCACGGAACACCUGGCCAUGUGGUCACCGCCGGAGGAGCGCAAUCGCCUGGGCGCCUUCAGCUACACGGGCACGGAUUGCGGCACCGUGCUGGCCAUGUUCAUCAGUGGCAUGAUCGCCAAGGGAGCGAUGGGCUGGCCGGGCAUUUCCUAUGUCUCCGGAUCUCUGUGCGCCGCCUGGUGCUUCCUCUGGCUGAUAUUCGCAUCCAACAAUGCCACCGAAUCGCGUUUCGUUGGCGAGGCCGAGUGCAAGUACAUUGAAUCCUCGCUGGAGCACAAUGAGGACUUCCACGAACGCACGAUUCCCAUUCCCUGGAAGGCAAUCUGGACCUCGGUGCCCUUCCUCGCCUUGCUGGUCACCCGGUGUGCCGAAACCUACGGAUUGAGCACCCUGCAGGCCGAGAUUCCUUCCUACAUGAAUGGUGUGCUCAACAUGGAGAUCCAGAGCAAUGCGGUCUUCUCAUCGCUACCUUUCUUGGCCAUGUGGCUGCUGUCCUACGUCUAUUUGGUGGCUGCCGAUGUCCUGCUGAAGAAGAAGAUCCUUUCGCUGACCUCCGUGCGCAAGCUGUUCAACACGCUCUCCUUUUGGAUCCCGGCCGCCGCCCUCAUUGGCAUUGGAUUUCUCAGCGAGGAAAACAAGAACCUGGCCAUCGUACUGAUGACCGUGUCGGUGGGCGUGAAUAGUGGGGCCACAAUUGGCAGUUCCCUGAAUUCCAUCGAUCUGUCACCCAAUCAUGCUGGCAUAUUGAUUGGCCUGAGCAAUACGGUGGCGAAUGUUAUUCCCAUCCUCACACCACUGAUUGCUGGCGAGAUCGUGGCCGAUAAGCACAAUCGCGGGCAAUGGCAGAUCGUCUUUGGACUGGCAGCAGUCAUAUUCUUUGUGGGCAAUGUUGUCUUCAUCAUUUGGGGAACCGCCAAGGCGCAGCCCUGGGAUGCCGAUGACUUCCUGCAGCCAAAGGAUGCGGAAACAGCCUGCGAAAAGGAGAAAAGUACACCCACGCCCGCAGAGAUCGCACCACCCAUCGAUCCCGUUCUGGAGCAGCAAAUCAGUUGGCCCGAAAGGUAUACGGCCAAAGCCAUCGAGUGAUUUGUGGAGGAAGUGCUGGACGCCAAAGUGCCCGCCAAAGAACAAUUGCUUUUGUUAAUCAGUAUUAAGACAUAAGUAGGCUGUAAUUUAUAUUUAUUCUAUUUAUAAGGCGUGACCGUAGCGCUAAGGCUUAAGUAAAUUAUUUUCAAUUGAAUCGCUUUGUUGUUACCAAUCGCUCGUGAUUUCGGCACUCGAAUCGAGGAAGAGCCCGAUCGGCAGGCGCAAUCUAAUCAGUUAAUUUAUCUUAUAAAUGUAUAUAAGCACUCAUAUUUAUUUUGGAUUGGGGCUCAUGCGACCAAUUGUCAAUGGCCCAAAGCUUAGGCUGAGUGCUUUGCACUGCCUCCCUUUCGAUGGGUUCAAAAACAUUUGCCACAGCUGUUUGUGAAUAUAUGAUAUAUGGAUUGUGAU